AAAUAGGGAGAGCCGAACAUCCUCGUCGUCGUCCUCGGAAUCCCCUUUGUCUCUCGUGUACACGUGAGCUAAGGGAUUGUGUGCAAGCGCGGUUGAAUACUCGAUUCGAGCGGAAAACAAUGCGAGAAACUUCUCCCGAGCUGUAUAGGGACUGUCAUAACUCAAACGGUUCUCUUUUUCGGAAAACCUUCGUCGCGAUCCUGUACUAUAAGGUAUGCACCGACGAUCAGAUUGAGCGGCUGCGAAAUUUCGACUAUACCGGGACACGAGGCGAGAUCGCACUAUCGCGUCGUCCGCGAGAGAAUGGAGUGAGCCGCCGCCGCGGCGGGGAUGUGUUGCUGCGGGUUUCUACGGGAACCGGGAAAUUUGCAUACAGAGCAUCUGUCACCAGCCCCUUAGCCGCCUCGGCCAUUUUCGACUCUCGAGAUAUCUCUCAAGUCGGAUCUACCCGGAUAAUGGCAAGCUCUCUCUCUCUCUCUCUCUCUCUCUCUCUCUCUGCAGCUGCGUUCUAUAUAUGCACACACCUAUAUUCUCGCGCGGAGUAUAACGCCAUUCUUAUGGUAAAGCGCGCGGGGAGCUUCCGGUGACUGUGCUUUUUUGCGCGCGCGCGGGAUCGUUCGAUUUUACGCGAGGUGAUUUUCGCCGCGUCGCGAGCGCCCUUUUUUCUGCUUCAGCCUCGGAGGAGGAGCGAUGAUUUUUUUUCUCUCUAUACCGAGAGAGCGGAAGGGACACUUUCGCGCUCGAUCGGUUCGAGAGAGCUCCGCGAUGAAUUCGUCAUAAAUAUAUAGUCGAUCGAGAUCGUCCGCAGCGAGCUUUUCCUUCGGCGGUGAAGAAAAAAGAAACGAAAGUUGGCUUGGCUCUUAGAUAUACCGUGGCUGGCGCAAACUCGACGACUCCUCGGAAACUCGGGCGUAAUAAAUAUUCAAGCCCGAGACGCAAAGAAAAAAGCCAGACGGAAGAAAUCCGUCGCAGAGGCAACAAAGACGCGCGCGCGCCGGAGAUAAGAGAGCGGGAAAAUCGGCGGGGAGCCCCAUUAAUUUCGCCGGUGCGCCACGGCCGACUAAAGCGUCUUAAUCCCCUGUAUACACUACUGUGAGCCGCCUGAGAAACAGCCACCGGGGACGACACGCCGCAAUACCUGUCCGUGUGAGUGUGUAUGUAUGUGUAGCCGCGGCAUUACAAGCGUCGAAAAAGCCGGUGACGAUAAUGACGAGGCGCUGGCAGGUGGAUAAGUACAGGGGACAGCGGCGACGGCGGUGGUCCGCGAUAUGAAUGCUUUUUGCGAAUUCGGCCGCGGUCUGGAUGUGUAUAAUAGCCCUGCUGAGAUCUUUUUGCGCCGACGUGACACGCCCCGGAAGUUCGAAGCAGUCGGGCGGAACGGCUCUGAUUUUUGCCCUCGUUCGGUAUAACGAACGCACAGUUAGAAUAAAUCCGAUCGAUCUUUCUCUCCGCCAGGAACUUGCUCGACGUGCGAGUGCGACGGUAAAAGUCCUCAAAAGAGCUCGCGGCAAGCUAAUCAAGCAGCGCCGCGCAAGCGUGCAUAACAUUCGCAGCCGGAUGAUUGGCCAAGUUGUUUGCGAGCUGGCUGGGGCAAACUUCCGAAACUCGCGAUUCGGUAAGGAAGGUAGAGAGAGAGAGAGAGAGAGAGUGGAGAGAAAAAAUACGUUUCCUUUGAGCCCAGUGCAGCUUUCCAAGCACGAACAGUCGAAAGCAUUGAAAUUCAGGCCGAGGCUCGCUUUCCAUUUCUAUCUCUCGCGGUUCCUUCGAUCCGUUCCGCGGCUGUGCGUCGCCGGCGCUGCCGCCGCGCGGGUGCAAUUUGGCCCCUUUCCCUUUCCCUGAUUUCGGGGCCGGCUUCUUUGUUUUCUUUUGUCGUGAGAGGGAGAGAGACGCACGCAGUGAAAAAUCACUGAAUUUCGCCGGGAAUGAAAAAUGAGAAAGAGAGGGAGAAAGAGAGAGAGAGAGGUAGGUAGGUUGGAUUGAGGAGUCUCUUGAUGUCGGAGUCUGCGAAUUUAAGGAGAAUUCGCCGCUGCUAUUUUCUCUUCGGGAGCCAAUUCGAGUGGGAAAGAGACUAACUGAAACGGAGAAAGCUCGGAGCAUGCGAGAAAUUAAGAUGUAUCGGCCGUGCUUCGAUUCGAUUAUUUAUUGCGUACGUGCGGCGGAGAGGAGUUCGUGGAUGCUUUUUUCUGCUCUAAUCUGCGUAUCCGGGCUAAUGAUUGCUGAGAGGAACACCGUGAUUGACGCUUAUUUUGUUGAUGCGUCUUUUAUGACCUCGAGAUAUCGAGUCUCGAACUGGCCGCUGCCAAGAACACUUUGCUUUUGUUAGUUUGUUAAAAGAAAAAGUUGUGGAAGCUAUUUUCCUUUUUUAACCGUUCGUACUUUUUACAGCGCAAACGUAAUCUAUUUAUCGAAUGUCAAUCUUUAACACGCGAUGCGCAAUCUUGCGUUUGAUAGAUAAAUCUGCCGGGACAGCUUAGUUUAGUUAAAGUCAUUCGUCCAAUCGUUAUCGAGCGAAAAAUUAAAUUAUCUUGGACUGAUACCAGGAACAAACGAUAACGGCAUACUAUAUAAAAAUUCAUUUUUCAUACAUAACUUUAAACUCGUCGUCUGCUCGAAAGGACAACACUAUGCGUGAAUAAUAAUAAUUCUCGAUUGUACUUUGAAAAGUUUUUCUGAAACUUGAAAAAAAAAACAUGCAGAGCUUUUUAAUCGUCGCGUUAUGUGCAUUAUUGAGUGCAGUGUCAUGUGAAAAUACUGAUAAGCCGUACGUCACGACUCCCUUAGGAAGAAUCAAUGGAUAUUAUAAAACAUCGUACGAAGGACGUCAAUAUGCGGUCUACGAAAGCAUCCCGUAUGCAUUACCGCCGAUUGGAGAUCUUCGUUUCGAGCCACCGGUUCCGGUACCUGCUUGGUCGGAGCCCAUCAACGCACUUGGUCUACCAAAACCGUGUGCUCAGUACAAACCAGGAGCUGAGGAGAGCGUAAUCGGCGUUGAAGACUGUCUCUACAUGAACAUUUACACACCAGCCAAAAAUGAAACUCAAUCUCUGCCAGUGAUAUUUUGGAUCCAUGGAGGCGGUUUUCAGUACGGAACGAGUUCAAAUUAUCGCGGAAAAUUCCUCGUCGAUAGAGAUUUGAUUUUGGUCACCUUCAACUAUCGAGUGGGACCAUUCGGAUUCUUGAGCACCGGGGACAAUGUCGUUCCCGGAAACAUGGGACUCAAAGACCAGUCUCUGGCUCUUCGUUGGGUGUCUGAAAAUAUCCGAUACUUCGGUGGAGAUCCCAAGAGGAUAACUUUGACAGGUGUCAGUGCUGGUGGUGCCAGCGUUCAUCAUCACUAUCUGUCACCUUUGAGCGCGGGACUCUUUCAGAAUGGAAUAUCUUUCAGCGGAACCACAUUGGCGCGUUGGGCAUUCACACCGGAUACCUCGAACACCACCAAGAUUCUGGCAAGAGCUUUGAAAUGCCCAGUGAGCGGCUCGCUAGAAACGAUCCAAUGUUUGAAGAGAGUACCGGCUAAGAGCAUCACUCAGACUGUUGCAAAUUUAUUGGCUGACUUGUACUUCUCAUACGUGAUGUUCCCACCAGUUGCGGAGAAAAUUGAUGAUGGUUAUUUUAUCAAUGAUUCGCCAAGAAACAUUAUUGAACAAGGUCGUGCUUCGAAUGUGCCUUGGAUUGCCGGAGUUGUCAGCGAAGAGGGCCUAUACAUAACAGCGGGUUUUGCACUGAAAGAAGACAUGGUGAAACAUACUGAUAAGAACUGGGAAACCAUAGCACCUUACAUGCUGCAUUUCGUGAAUAACGUACCUGAAGAUAAACAUGAUAAACUUGCCAAUUCAGCAAAGGUACAUUACUUCGGUAAGAAACACUUUAGUACAGACAGAGAGGCAGUGAAGACUUUAACACAUUUGAGUGGAGACGAUCAAAUUGUUACCGGCGCAAUCAGAGCAGCAAAGUUGCAAGCCAAAGUACACAAAAGUCCUGUUCGCUUUUACUAUUAUAGCUACAGAGCUGCGCAAAGUUACAGCGAUCAUAUUUCGAAUACGACUGAGAACUUAGGUGUAAGCCACGAUGAUGACAUUUACAUAGUCCUGGAAAAUGACUUCAUAGACCCGACGACCACUGCCAGUGACAGAGACAUGUUACAAGAUAUGCUCGAUUUUUGGCAAUCUGUGGCUAGCACUGGGACGCCAAAUUUAGGAACGCAAUGGCCAAGGUUAAAUGCUUCUUCCAGCAACUUUGAAUACAUGCAUAUCGCUGGACCUGGAAACUUUACCAUGAAAACUAACAAUAAUCUAGGAGAAAUUCAAUUCUGGGAACAAGUAGGACUCUGAUUUGUCUUCGAAGUACCGAAAUCAUAAAUAUAUUCAUAUACUAAAAAUCUGUUUUAUAAUGUAGUAUCAAUCAAGAUUGCGUGCUAUAUUACUAUUUUGUAUUUUUUUUAUAAACUUAAUACUUUGGUAUACAAAA